GGAACUUUAUUUAUAUCUUCCUAAACAAAAAUAUUUUGGUCAACAAAUUAAGCACACAACAACACAAUCACCUCCUCAAAUCUUGUUAACAUGGGUCCCUAAAAUUUAGGCAUGUUCAUAAUUUGUCUGUCAAAUUUUACCCUUUUAAAUCAUUUUCCUCACUUCAGUUCAUACUCAUAUAAAUUCACCACUUUCACAAUUCACAUUCAUAAUUGAAUCAAAUCUUCGCCAAAGUUUUAAUCUUUUCACAAACCCCAUCAGAUCUUGAUCUCACAAUGUUAAAAUUCAUCAAUUUCUCUCUAACCCUUUUCCUAUUACUCACUUUCAAUGUUGUUACCCAAUGUUCCGAAGUUGAUGAAUUUGAUGAACUAUUAGCAUUAGAUGAUGAAUUAGAGCGUGAAACUGAAGCUGGUGGUGUGAAAUUUUCUGAAGCAGAGACUUUAACAAAAGCUCAAAGAAUUGUUUUUGAGCUUAAUAAUGAAAAUUCAGAGAGAAUUGUUAAUGGGUAUGAGUUUGUUCUUGUUUUGGGUUAUGCACCUUGGUGUUCAAGAAGUGCUGAAUUAAUGCCCCAUUUUGCUGAAGCUGCUAAUUCUUUGAAAGAUUUAGGAAAUUCUCUUGUUUUGGCUAAGGUUGAUGGUGAUAGGUUUACUAAAGCUGCUUCUUUUCUUGGGAUCAAAGGGUACCCUACUUUGCUUCUCUUUGUUAAUGGGACUUCUCAACCUUACUCCGGCGGUUUCACAGCGGAAGAUAUAGUGAUAUGGGCAACAAAAAAGACCGGUACACCUAUUAUUCGGAUAACUACGGAGCAAGAAGCAGAGAAAUUUCUGAGGAAGUAUCACAAUUUUCUCAUUGGUCGGUUUGAUAAAUUUGAGGGGCCUGCAUAUGAAGAAUUUGUGAGUGCUGCAAAGUUCGAUAAUGAAACUCAGUUUGUUGAAGUGAGUAAAGUAGAGCUUGCCCAAGUUCUUUAUCCAGAUAUCAAGUCUACUGAUAAUUUUCUUGGAGUUGUUAAGAGCGAACCUGAAAGAUACACCGCAUAUGAUGGAGCUUUCACAUUCGAUAAAAUACUGGAGUUUUUAAGCUACAACAAAUUUCCACUAAUUACAAAAAUGACUGAAGUGAACUCUGUCAGAGUCUACAACAGCCCAAUCAAGCAUCAGGUUUUUGUCUUCGCAAAUAUUGAUGACUUCAAGAAUCUUCUUGAUCCACUUCAAGAAGUAGCAAGAACUUUCAAGUCGAAGAUAAUGUUUAUAUAUGUGGAUAUUAACGACGAAAACCUUGCAAAGCCCUUCCUAACAAUGUUCGGACUUGAAGAAGCAACAAAUACUGUGGUAGCUGCAUUUAAUAAUGGAAUGACCUCAAAGUUUUUGUUGGAGUCAAAACCAACACGAAGCAAUAUUGAAGAGUUCUGUAGUAAUCUUGUGCAAGGUUCAUUGUCACCUUACUUCAAGUCACAGCCAAUACCAGAUAAUGCUGAAGCUAAUGUCCAUGUUAUUGUUGGAAAAACAUUCGAUGAAGAAAUUUUGAACAGCAAGAAGGAUGUGGUUUUGGAGGUAUUCACACCUUGGUGUUUCAACUGCGAGGACGUAACCAAGCAAGUAGAGAAGUUGGCAAAGCACUACAAAGAAUCAAGUAAUCUAAUAUUUGCAAGAAUAGAUGCUUCAGCAAAUGAACAUCCAAAAUUUCAAGUGAACGACUUUCCCACGCUUUUACUUUAUAGAGCAAAUGAUAAGACAAAUCCGAUAAAGCUUCCUACAAAAUCUAGUUUGAAAGAAUUGGCUGCAUCCAUCAACAAACACAUAAAAAUCAAGUAUCAAGUUGCCAAAGAUGAGCUAUAGAAGUAUAGAACAAAUCAAAAUGUUUUGGUAGAAAAACAGUUAAUUUCUAGAAAGGAAACAUUAUGAAAAAAAUAAUUGUAUAUUAGGAUGUCUUGCUUGAGCAUUUUCAAACUUUGUUCAGUUUUCCCAUCAUUUUUGGGUGAUCCAGAUGUAACUUAGAUUGUUAUCAGAAUUAGCUCACUGCCAAAUGGCUUAAAGCUUGAGCAGUGAGGAACUAGUGUAUUCAUACAUUCAAAUCUUAUAGAAAACCACGCUUAUAAAAUACAAGCAUUUUGGUGCAUACAUUACUGUCUUGGGUGAAGGAAUAGUGCCCUUGUCUAAGACAGGUAAAA